AUGCAAGACGAAGAAGAAUGUGAAGUACUCAGGGCGAAGCAGCUUUCCAGGCUGAAGCUUCAGCUCACGUUGCCGUACCAGCUCACGCCAAAGUACCAGCACAAGCGGACCUACCUGCACACGUUGAGGUUGCGGUACCCGUUCACGCUGUUGUACCAUUUCACGCUUACGUGCCAGUCCACGUUGGAGUACCGAUACAGCGCGAAGCUGAGGUACCCGGUCACGCUGCUGCGCCAACACACGCCGAGCGUCCAGCACACGACGCCGCAGAAGUACCAGCUCCAGUUGGCCCCCCUUCGGCGGCCACGGUGGCCAGGAGCGUCGCGUACCUCAACGUGCUGGCGGAGGUUAGGGCGCUUUCCAUGCACGGCUUGGACGCGCAGAGGAUCUGCAACGACCUUGCUGGUCAGGCGACGAUGUUGCAUCACUUGGGAGCUCGAGCCAGUGAUCGGUCUCUAG